AUGGCAGUGCUGAGAACCAGGGAGAUUAUGGCCAGCCCAGGAAUAGCGGGUACCAGCGUGGUCAUCGGGAUCUGUCUGGGAAUGGGGAUUCUUUGCAGGUGCUACAGAGAUGAUGGACACAACGUGCUCAAGUCCGUGGACCCUGUGCCCUUCCCUGGGCCCAUCUGGGACGGUGGCAGGCGCUGUGCUGGGAGAGUGGAGGUGAAACAUCAGGGCAAGUGGGGGACCGUGUGUGGUGACUACUGGAGCAUGAAGAAUGCGGCAGUGGUUUGUAAACAGCUGGACUGUGGGUCUGCUGUUGGAGCUCCUCAGUACGGACACUUUGGGCCAGGAUCUGGCCCCAUUUGGAUGGAUGAUGUUGGCUGUAAUGGCACCGAAUCUGCCCUGUCUGACUGCACACGCAGAGGAUGGGGUGAACAUAACUGUGGUCAUCUCCUUGAUGCUGGAGUGGUGUGUUCAGAUGGGAGUGCUGUGGAGGUGAGGCUGGCGGACGGCGGCAGGCGCUGUGCUGGGAGAGUGGAGGUGAAACAUCAGGGCAAGUGGGGGACCGUGUGUGAUGACCAGUGGAGCAUGAAGAAUGCGGCAGUGGUUUGUAAACAGCUGGACUGUGGGUCUGCUGUUGGAGCUCCUCAGUACGGACACUUUGGGCCAGGAUCUGGCCCCAUUUGGAUGGAUGAUGUUGGCUGUAAUGGCACUGAAUCUGCCCUGUCUGACUGCACACGCAGAGGAUGGGGUGAACAUGACUGUGAGCAUUCUGAGGAUGCUGGAGUGAUGUGUUCAGAAUUUGUCCGACUGGUGGAAGGGAAGAACCGCUGCUCAGGACACGUGGAGAUCCAGUACACAGGGAUCAGACUGGUGAACGGCAGCACAGUGUGUGCGGGGAGGGUGGAGGUCCAGGUGCUGGGGACCUGGGGAACCCUCUGUGCCUCCCGCUGGGAUCUCUCGGAUGCCCACGUUCUCUGUCAGCAACUCAACUGCGGGUUUGCUGAGUCCAUUCCUGGAGGAGAACAUUUUGGGAGAGAGACUGGCCCUGUCUGGAGACACUCAUUCCACUGUGACGGGACUGAAGCCCUCCUGCAACAGUGCCCAGUGACCACCCUGGGGGCCUCGCCGUGCUCCCAAGGGAAUGCUGCUACUGUCAUUUGCUCAGCCGGCUUUGGAUCCCUGCGGCUGGUGGGCGGAGUGAGCCGGUGUGAUGGACGAGUGGAGAUCUUCCAGGAUGGGGAGUGGGGCAGAGUCCUGGAUGAGCAGUGGGAUAUGCAGGAGGCCAGCGUGGUGUGCCGGCAGCUGCGGUGCGGAGAGGCAGGGACAGCCUACAACCCCCCGAAGCCUGAGCGAGGGACGGGCCCCGUGGGGCUGCGAGGGGUCCGGUGCGCAGGGCACGAGGCCAAGCUGACCCUCUGCAACACCUCCCUGCCCAGCAGUGCGCUGGCGGCAGGGCUUGCGGAGGACGUGGGAGUCAUUUGCUGGGGGAGCCGGCGGGUCCGGCUGGUGAACGGGGCUGGGCGCUGUGCGGGGAGAGUGGAGAUCUACUCCCAGGGCAUCUGGGGGACUGUCUGCGACGACGGCUGGGACCUGUCUGAUGCCGCCGUCGUUUGCCACCAGCUGGGCUGCGGAGAGGCAGUGGAGGCAGCCGGCUCCGCUCGUUUCGGGGAAGGCUCCGGGCAGAUCUGGCUGGAUGGUGUGAACUGCUCCGGGGCAGAAGCUGCUCUCUGGGACUGCCCGGCUGGGCCCUGGGGGCAGCACGACUGCGGGCACAAAGAGGAUGCGGGAGUCGUCUGCUCAGAGUUCAUGGCCCUGAGGCUGGAGAACAGCGACGGCUGCUCCGGGCGCCUGCAGGUUUUCUACAACGGGACAUGGGGGAGUGUUUGCUCUAACUCCAUGACUCAGGACACUGUGAUGCUGGCGUGCAAGGAGCUGGGCUGCGGGGACGGAGGAUCCCUGGAAAUACGCCUGUCCUCUGGCAGGGUGUCUGGCCCUGCCUGGCUGGAUCGUGUUCAGUGUGGGGAGAGAAACAGCUCCUUCUGGCAGUGUCCCUCCACGCCCUGGAAUCCACAGUCAUGUGAAUACCUGGAAGAGGAGAUCCACAUCACCUGCAAUGGGGGACAGCCAGAAAUGCCUCCAACCUCACUGGUGCCGUGCCCCAACUCCGCGAGCUGCACAGGUAGGGAGAAGAUUCGUGCCGUGGGAGGCAAGGACGGGUGCUCGGGCAGAGUGGAGGUCUGGCACCGUGGAUCCUGGGGGACGGUGUGCGACGACUCGUGGGACAUGCAGGAUGCCGAGGUGGCGUGCAGGCAGCUGGGCUGUGGCCCUGUGGUGUCUGCCCUGCAUGAGGCUGCAUUUGGGAUGGGGACGGGCCCCAUCUGGCUGGAGCAGGUGGAGUGCCAGGGGACGGAGCCAUCCCUGCAGGACUGCUGGGCCCGGCCCGGGGACAGCGGGGCUUGCCGGCACAAGGAAGAUGCUGCUGUGCGCUGCUCAGAUCCCACCCGAGGCCAUCAGAGCAGCAGCGGGAGAGUCUCAGUGCCCGUCAUCAUGUGCAUCAUCCUGGGGACCCUUGUCUGCCUGCUCCUGGCCCUCCUGGCUGGGCAAGUGCUGAGCGCCGGGGCUGGGCGCAGAGGCUCCAGAAGAGCCCAGGAGCCCUUCCCCGAGGCUGUGUACGAGGAGAUCGGGUACAGCCCAGCGUGGGAGAAACGGGCCAGGUUUGAUCGCUCAGGCUCCUAUUCAGAGGAGUCCCUGACCCAGCUGCAGCCCCACCCUGGGGUCAGCGAGGAGGAGAAAGGUCUGGGAUCAGCACCAGGGGGCAGCCUGCGCUCCUGGAGAAGUGCCGACGUCCCUGGAGCUGAAGGAGACACCUCGUCACUGUCCCUGGGGAGCAUGGGCUAUGAUGAUGCUGAAGAGGUGCCUGUGGCACUUCCCUAUUCCUCCCUGCAGGCACAGAAAUGA